AUGGGCAGACUCAUAGAUGAAAAGGCCAUGGAGAGCAAUGAACGUACUCCAUUAUUCGCGACGGUCAUUGCUGCUUCACCGCGACAAAGAUAUCAACACAAUACCAUUCGUCGAUUCUUUACCAUCGCCGCAACUUCUUGUUUAAUCGUCGCCGUUUACCUAUUCUUACUACCCCUUUCCUUCAUUCCUCGACAUCAUAGCCAUUGGCACCACGAUAAACCUUAUCAAGAGCCAUCUGCUUCCAUUACAUACGAAGAACUUCAACAAAUAUUACUCGACACUCCAAAGGCAGAAAAGGCAAGAGAAUGGAGUAAAUAUUAUACAUCUGGACCACAUGUUGCUGGAACAAAUAAAAGUCAGGUUCUUUGGACCCAGGAAAGAUGGCAGGAAUUUGGCAUUGAAUCUGAAGUCAUUUCCUAUGAUGUUUAUCUCAAUUAUCCUCGUGGUCAUCGACUUGCUUUAUACGAAAAGAAAAACGCGAAGGGUUCUGAUGUUCAGGAAUUGAAAGUCAAAUUUGAAGCUAGUUUGGAGGAAGAUGUACUUGAAGAGGACGAUACCAGUGGAUUGGACAGCAGAAUUCCAACCUUCCACGGAUAUUCCGCAUAUGGAAAUGUCACCGCACCAUACGUUUACGUCAAUUAUGGUACCUACGGAGACUUUGAAGAUUUAAUAAGGCUCAAUGUCAGUUUGGAAGGUAAGAUCGCCAUUGCAAGAUAUGGCGGCAUCUUCCGCGGUCUCAAGAUCAAACGCGCACAGGAACUGGGAAUGGUCGGGGCUGUUCUUUUCACUGAUCCUGGUGAUGAUGGAGCGAAUACUGAAGAGAAUGGAGUUACCACGUACCCGGAAGGACCAGCCAGAAAUCCAAGUAGUGUCCAAAGAGGAAGUGCUCAAUUCCUUAGUGUUGCACCUGGAGAUCCAACCACCAUAGGAUAUCCUUCAAAACCUGGAGCUCCACGUCAACCUGUUGAUGGUAAAAUUCCCUCCAUUCCUUCUCUUCCAAUAUCCUAUGUCGAUGCUUUACCCAUUCUUAAGGCUUUAAAUGGCAUCGGACCUGGACCCCAAGAUUUAAACAAAUGGUGGGAUCGAAACCUUGGCCUGGCAUACAAAGGAGUAGAAUACAACAUUGGUCCCUCACCAGACAAUCUCGUACUUAAUCUCGUCAACGAUGUCGAAUAUGUCACCACACCUAUUUGGAAUCUAAUUGGUAUAAUUAAUGGAACCUUACCAGAUGAGGUCAUCGUUAUUGGAAACCAUCAUGAUGCUUGGAUUGUAGGUGGUGCUGGUGAUCCAAAUAGUGGUUCCGCAGCUCUCAAUGAAGUUGUUCGUAGUUUUGGUGUCGCUGUUUCAAAGGGAUGGAAACCAUUGCGUACAAUCGUAUUUGCAAGUUGGGAUGGUGAAGAAUAUGGUUUGGUUGGUUCAACAGAAUGGGUCGAGGAAUAUUUACCAUGGUUGAAUAAAGCUAAUGUGGCUUAUAUUAACUGUGAUGUUGGUACUAGUGGACCUACUUUUGGAGCUUCGGCAAGUCCACUUCACAACAAAGCUUUAUACGAAGUCUUAAGCUUAGUUCAAUCACCGAAUCAAACAGUUCCAGGACAAACUGUCGGUGAUGUUUGGGAUGGAUCUAUUCAUACUAUGGGUAGUGGUAGUGAUUUUACAGCUUUUCAAGAUUUUGCCGGAGUUCCAUCAAUUGAUCUUGGAUUUGGGCCAGAUGUUAACCACGAAGCCAAUGGUGGAGCUGUCUUUCAUUAUCACUCUAAUUACGAUUCAUUCUAUUGGAUGGAUACAUAUGGAGAUCCAGGAUUUCAUUAUCAUGAAGCGAUGUCAAAGAUUUGGGCUCUAUACACUGCCAAACUGGCCGAAACUCCAAUUAUUUCUUUUAAUGCUACCGAUUAUGCCGACGCAUUACAAGGUUAUAUUAGCAAGACCGAGUCGAAAUUAGAUUCCAUUAUGAUUGGAUCUUCAUCCGAAGCUGAAGAUGAAGAAGCUCGAUUCCGUCCAAGUAACAUCGAAACAAAGGGCGACAUCAACAACUUGAAACUUUCCUUCAAAGACCUUCACCAUCGUGCUACUGCUCUUAAACAUGCAGCAAUUCGUCACGAUUCUUCCGCUGAAAUCCUUGCCAAACAAGCAGGUCAAGAUAUUCCAUGGUGGAAAUGGGUAUCUAAAGUCAAACUUUACUACAAGAUUCGAACAGUCAACGAGAAAUAUAAAUAUCUAGAGAGAAAGUUCUUAUAUCCGGAGGGACUAGAUGGUAGAUCAUGGUUUAAACAUGUGGUUUAUGCACCAGGACUCUGGACUGGUUAUGCAGGAGCUGUUUUCCCAGGUUUGGUAGAAAGUAUUGAUGCACAAGAUUAUGAGAAUGCUGAGAAGUGGAUUAGAAUUAUUUCGGAGUGUUUGGAAAAUGCGGCUGAGUGGUUAGCGUGA